AUGUCAAUUUCCAUCUCAUUACCUAUUCUAGACAAACUCCUUAAUGACCAAUUUGGUACAUUACAACAAAUUACUACAUUAACACCACAAGAAAUGGCAGUACAUAAAGCUCUUAUCUCAGGAGGUGAUCAAUGUUAUAAGAUUAUUCAAUACUAUUCAUUAAAAUGUGUUCUUAUUGAUAAGUCAGAAGCUGUUCCUAAAGUAAGUAUUGUUAAUGAACCAGAAUUUAAAGUUACUGAAGGAUCUAUUUUAACUAUCCAUCAAAACCAUCUUAAUGCUUUAAUUGCAGGGAACGGUAGAAACGAUUUAAUGUUUUAUAAAAUUGCUCUUGACCAAUUAAGUCUUAUUCUUUUCCCUGGAAGUUCUAAACAAUUUAAUGAAGCAGAAGCAUCAUUUACUAAAACUCUUAAAAACAUUAAUACUAAACUUCAACAAGUUGAUGAAAUUGCUAAAGAAAUGGUAGAAUUUAAGAAACAAUUUGUAGAACUUGUUAACAAAGAUUUUCCAGAAACUUUAUUCCAAAAGAUUGUUGUUUUUAUUAAGAAAUUGAUGUCAAAUGAAUUUUUCCUUGAUAGUCAUUUUCAUCAAAUAGAAGAAUUAUUUAUUAGUUUAUUGGGAUAUCCAAUUGACCAAAUUAGAUCUACUUGUUUAAUACUAUUAAAUUGUUUAUACGAUGGUCAUCUUCAUCAAUUUACUAAACCAUUCUUUAUUGAGAAAAUUUUACAAGUUGGUGAUACAUUAACACUAACAAAUACAUUCAAACAUCCAUUGUUUGAACAUACUCUUAAAAAUAGUAAAGAGUUCAUUGCAGAAGUUACUGUUCCUCAAUUACCUUCACUUAACGUUGAUUCUCCAGUUAAAAGAACAACAUUUUAUAUGCCAUUAAAUAUGAAUAUUGGAAAUACAAUUCAACCAGGAGAAUAUGAUAUUGUUAUUGGUACUUUAGUUAAUGAUCAAUUUGUUGAAUGUCAAUGUUCAGGAGGAGUUAUUCAAAGUAGAACAAUUGUUUUACCAAAUAAAGCAAAGAGUCUUUCUAUUUAUGGUGUUUCAGAAAUGGGAUAUAAACCAGAAUUAUUAACAUCUGAAUUAAUGGAACAAAUUGGUGCUAAUACAGUUCAUUUAAUUAAUAUCAACGCAUCUAAAUCAAGGGUAUUAGAAGAUGAUGCAUUUGCUCAUCAAUUAAUUGAACGAGUUCAUGAAUUUGAUGUACCAGAUAUUAAUAUUAUGGUUGACUUCCCAAUGGAAAUUUCAAGUUCAGUUUCAGAAUCAUCUCCAUAUAGAGCUUUUAUGUGUAAAACAAAUAACAAUGAAUUUGCAGGAAAUGGAGAUUCAGUUUUUAUGAACUAUCGAUCUAUUGCAUGUUGGGAAAAGGCUGUUGAAGAAAUUAAAACACUUGAAACAAAAUGUAGAAUAGAUGCAGUUAGAAUUACUUCAAUUUGUGAUUCGUUACUUCCAAUUGCUGCAAUGAAUACAGAAACAGCAAAAGGAAUAACUGGAUGUGAAGUUGAUUCUCAAACAAUCUAUGGAAAUGACGCUAUUACUAUGGGAUAUCCAAAUCCAUUUUUAAGAAAAUUAACACGUGAUAUUUGGUCAACUAAUCCAGAUUUCUUUUUAUUUGUAGAAGCACCAGUUGAAGAAUUAGUAUCUUCUAUUCAAUCUACAGUCAUUCCAUUUAUUGAUGAUCUUAAUCCAUUAUGGUCACCUAAUUUCAAGACAAUGUUCCAAUUAAUUUGUAGUAAUGAUGAAAUAAAAGAAUUAGAAAAUUCAAAGGCACCUUAUUAUCCAGAUAAAUAUCCACAAGGAACUACUUUUGCAUAUCAAUUCCAAUCAAUGCAACCAUCUCUUAUUCAUUUUGUUUCAUCACUUCCACUUAUUCCAUGUUUAACUCCAUUAAAUUCAUAUGACAAAAAUCAUAUUGAAUUAAAUAAAAAACGUGCGUUAAUUAGAGAACGAGCUGAACAUUUAAUGAUUUUUGGUAAAAUUAAAGUUAUUUCAAUGUAUAAUACAGAUGGAACAAAAUCUGAUAGAACUAUUGGAAUUAUGAGAGAACAUUCUCAUUCUGCAACUGCUGCUCUUGUAGCAAUUAAUACUAUAAAUAAUUCAGUCACUGUUCAUUUUGAUCUUCAUGAAUUAAAAUUAAAACAUGAACAACCAGAUGAUGCAGUCUUUGAAGUUAUUGAUGUUGUUACUCAUAAAAGAGAAUUAAUGAGUUAUUCUGAACUUAAAAAUGAACAUAUUCCAAUUAAGCUUGGUCCAUUUGAUAUUGCAUGUUUCCAAUUCUCAUUAUAUAAACCACAUACUAAUGUUAGAGUUGCACUUGAACAUCAAGAAUGUUCCAUUAGAAGAUGUAUACAAUUACUUCAGUCAGGAGAAUCUGCUGUUGGAAAUAGUAUUUUCGAAGAAAUAUUUACUGAUUUAAAAGAAAAUAAAGCUAAAGAACUUUCUAAAUAUCUUCAAACGUUACAAAAAUCUUUAAAAGAUGGAGCUGCUAAGAAUGAACAAAAUAAACUUGCAGAUUUAGUUCAAGAAUUAUUUUAUCAAAUCAAUAUUAUUGAUGGUUUAAGAAAUCGUAAAAUUCCAAUUAUUGGAAUAAAUACUUUACAAACUGUUUCCAGAGAGUCUACUGUUGCAGGAGAAAUUUGUAGAAUUGCAUUAGAAAAGAAUAAAUUAGGAACAAUUGUUUUUGUUACACCAGAAUUAGGAAGAUUUUCUACUAUUGGAGGAAUUGGUGUUCUUAUUAAUGAAUUAACAAAAACAAUGGCAGAAUUAGGGUGUGAAGUUGUUGUUAUUUCACCAUAUUAUAAUAUGAAUAAAAAAGGUCAACAAGGUUAUUUAAAGAAUGAAGGAAUUCAACAAAUUGGAAGUGUUACUGUUGAAGUAGCACAUGAACCUGUUAGUUGUGGUGUUCAUUAUGGAAGAGAAAAUAAUGUUGAUUUAUAUUUCCUUCAUAAUUAUGAUAAUUUCCCAAUGGCUUAUCCACCAUUUAAUGCAGAAAGACAUUUAAGAUCUGCAGUAUUAUUAGGUAAAUCAUCAUUACAAUUAUUAUGUGAUAAAGGAAUUCACCCAUCAUUAAUUAUUACUAAUGAUUGGUUUACAGGAAUGGUUCCUGCUUAUGCCAAAUAUGGGUUUGGAGAUUAUUUCAAAGAGUGUACUUUCUUCCAUAUAGUUCAUAAUUUAGAAAAAGGAUAUAUUGGAGAUUUAUAUCCAGACACGGAUUUGUCUUAUAUUCAUGAACUUCCUGGAGAAUUAGUUAAUAACCCAGGACCAACUGCUUUAAAUAUGUCAAUGUGUGCAUUAAAAUGUAGUGAUAAUUGGGGAACAGUCAGUAAAAGUUAUAUGCAAGAUGCUCUUAAAGGGUCACCAUUAUCAUAUCAUUUAAGACAAUUCCCACAUCCAUUUGCUUGUAGUAAUGGUAUUUCAGUUGUUCAUAGAACAGAGACAUUAAAGAAAAUAUCACCAACAUUAGAUCAUUGGGACUGUAAAAGAAGAUUACAACAAAAAUAUUUUAAUAAUGUUGAUGAUAGUAUUCCAUUAUUUGGAUUUGUUGGAAGAAUUUGUGAACAAAAAGGUGUUUUCUUAUUAUUAGAUGCAAUUUGGUCAUUAGUUAAAGAAACAAAUGGAAAGUGUCAAUUUAUUAUUGGAGGUAUGGCACCAAUGGAUGAUCCAUAUGCCGUUGCUUGUUCAAUGAAAAUGAAAGAAAUGAGACAAACAUUCCCACAAUGUUUUUGGUGUGACCCAACUGCAUUCUUUACUGAUGGACCAUUAAUGAAUAUGGGAUGUGAUUUCACUUGUAUGCCAAGUAUGUUUGAACCAAGUGGAUUAGUACAACAAGAAUCAUUCUUAGGUGGAACACCAGUUAUUGCGUUCCAAACAGGAGGACUAAAAGAUACUGUUUUUGAAUAUAAUCCAAUAGAUAAAACAGGAAAUGGAUUUGUAUUUCAAGGAUUUGCACAUGGAGAUCUUGUUUUUGCAAUUCAACGAGCAAUUAAAAUUUUCCAAAAUCCUGAAGAAUAUAAGGUAUUAAGAAAUAAUGCUGCUAAAUCAGUUUUAGACUUAACAGAUGUCGCAAUUGCUUGGGGAACUGAAUUUGGUAGAUUAAAGAAAAAGGUAUUUGUUUUUGAACUUUAA